UGAUGAUAAUUAUUUUGUAUCAAACUAACUUUUUGAUACUAAAAGUGAUGGAAAUGGUGAAUUAAAAGUGUUACAGUUUGGGUAAACGUAAAGAACGUACAAUGGCCGAAAGCGACGAAAAAGCGGUCGUUCUCAGUUAUCAUGACUCGCUUUUGAGAAAGUCAGACGUUUCGUUGCUGGAAGGACCGCACUGGCUGAAUGACAAACUUAUAGGGUUUUUGUUUGAAUAUUUUGAAAAUGACCGCUUCAAAGAAAGGUGCCACCAUGUUCGCUUCAUCAGCCCUGAUGUCACGCAAUUUAUCAAACUUGGUUCACAUGUGGAACUAGAGUUAUUCUUACAGCCACUGGAACUACACACAAAGAAGCUAGUCUUCCUUGCAGUUAAUGACAGUACCGAUGCAAGCCAGGCAGGAGGUUCCCAUUGGAGUCUUCUAGUAUUCUCCCGGAAAGAUGGGAUCAUUUCACAUUAUGAUUCUAAUCAUGGUUACAACGAAGCUGCUGCUAGAAGUAUUGCCAAAAAGAUUUAUCCUUAUCUACGGGCAUAUGGUGAAGUGGAGUAUCAGGAGGCUCUAACUCCUCAACAGAACAACUGCUAUGACUGUGGGAUAUACGUAGUGUCUGUAACUGAGUGUCUCUGUAUGAAAUAUCUGGAAUCAUUCAAAUCUCCACUGGAUGAGUUUGUAACGCCAGGAUACGUGUCAAAAAAGAGGAAAGACUUAAUAGACUUGAUUUUACGUCUUGCUAAAGGCAGAUGAUACUACAAAAAUUAGGAGUUUGUGCUUUUAUUUCUGCUAUCUAUAGAGACUAUGGCCAAAGGGCAGACUUCGAUGUCCAUAUAGGUUAUCUUCCCUAUGUUGGACAGGUUUUCUUGGAUUAUUAGUGUUCUGGUUGUGAUUCCAAAAUGAGCAUAGACAGACCUCCUGAAUGGGAUUGUAGUCCCUGCAGUAGUGUUGUCCUUAAGUAGCAGGAUCAUUGUGUCAAGAAAAUGGAUUGGUUUGCUUGCGAAAUUGUGCACAAAGCAGCAACCAGCGGGUAAAAGUAAGAUGGGUCACAUCCUAAAAGUCUGUCUUCACCUGAUAUGCUGUCACAACCAUCACAAUGCAUGAAGACAUGUAAUAAGAUUGUGAGUUUUUCUAAUAUUUGUGUGGUGCAUCCUACUGUUCUGAAAACUUUGAUUGAUCAUAGAAAUUCUCGAACUUUUGUGCUGUGGAAAUUUCUACACAUUUCUCAGUGUCUUUGAUACUUGGUUGGAAUGUACAUUGAUAGUGAGGAGCUCUACUAUUUCCUUUCCUUUCACUAAUCUUACCUUGACUGGGCAACCCCGAUGUGUGUCCUCUUAGAUGUUGUUGAUUGUGUGGUGUAUGGUAUACCUUAUGCACUGUUAUUCCUAUACCUAUUUAAAUACAUACAACUUU